AUGGGCAUUCCAGUAAACUCCACGGUUCACAAGGUUAUGACUAACACGAGAAGGCGACGGCAUCGACUUGAUAUUUUUAAUGAGCUUGAAACACUUAUUGCGAUGCAAAGGGAGAAGAUGACGCUGAUGCAGGAUCAAUUCCUUUGGAAACAUGGCAGUGAUAAGUUCAAACCUGUUUUUGUCACGAAGUUGACCUGGGAAUUAACUCGGAAACAUGAGCAACCAGUCGCAUGGUGGAAAGCGAUAUGGUUCCAACACUGUACUCCGAAGUAUGCAGUACACAAUAGGCUGUCAACAGGAAACAGAAUGCUUGCUUGGAACGCUAACGCAAAUUUCACUACAAGAUGGUCGGAAUUAAUGGACCUGAGUAUGGACACCAGUCGAGGUCUACUUGAGACUUUCCUUACAAGGUACACCAUCCAAGCCACAAUAUAUUCACUGUGGAAAGAAAGGAAUGACAGGAGACAUGGGGCUACACCUACUACAGCAGCAACACUUGCGAGAAUGGUGGAUCGACAAGUUCGAGAUCGGUGCUUAGCGUUUCACCAACAGGGAAACUUCAAACUGGCAGCAUGA